UUUGCUUGUGGAUCGUGUGACGAGAACAUUGCUCCAUUCAUUAUGGCUACUCUUUGGUUUAUUGCCUUAUUGGGCCUGCCCAUUAUUGCCCAGAUCGGGGCUAAUCCCAUAAAUCAGCCACGUGCCGAAGUGGCCACGGAAUUCAUAAUCCUUCACAACAAUGAUAUGCAUGCCCGGUUCGAGCAGACCAAUGUGAAUGGCGGCACCUGUUCCCAAGAGGAUGCGAAUACAGAUCAGUGCUAUGGUGGAUUUGCUCGAGUGGCCUAUGAAGUCCGUCAAUAUCGAGCUGAGGCCGCAGCUGGAGGCACUCCUGUAUUCUAUUUGAACGCUGGUGACACCUACACGGGAACUGCCUGGUUCACUGUCUUUAAGGAUGAGAUAGCUAGCGCUUUUCUUAAUAAACUCAAACCAGACGCAAUAUCACUUGGUAAUCAUGAGUUCGAUAAGAACGUGGAAGGUCUUAUACCAUUCCUUAAUGAUGUGGAAUUCCCUGUUUUGGCCUGUAAUCUGAAUCUGACCAAUGAGCCCGAUUUGGCGGCUGCCAAACAAUUGGCAAAUUCAACUAUUCUAGAGACGAAUGGUGUUAAAAUCGGUGUCAUAGGCUAUUUAACACCCGAUACCAAGUUUCUAAGCUUUAAGAAUGACGUUGAAUAUAAUGAGGAAAUCGAAUCCAUCAAUGCCGAGGCAGAAAAGCUUAAGGCCCAGGGAAUCAAUAUCAUCAUUGCUUUGGGUCAUUCGGGUUACCAAAAGGAUCAGGAAAUUGCCAAAAAUUGUCCAGAGGUUGAUAUUGUUGUCGGUGGUCAUUCGCAUACAUUCCUAGAUGCUAGUCAGCCGGUUGCCGAUGACUCAGACACUAAUCCGGAGGCAGUACGUGGUCCCUAUCCGACCACAGUGGAACAGGCUAGUGGUAAGAAGGUUCCCGUGGUUCAAGCCUACGCGUAUACAAAGUAUUUGGGCAAGAUCCAUGUCCAGUUUGAUGCCGAGGGCAAUUUGAUUGAAUUCGACGGAGCUCCCAUCUUACUGAAUGCCUCUGUGACCCAGGAGCAAGAUCUUUUAGAGCUGCUCGAGGUCUAUCGUCCAAAUGUGACCGCAUUGGAAGAGCAGAUUCUUGGCUAUACCAAAGUAAGUCUAGAGGGUGGCAACAUUUGUCGCAUGAGAGAGUGCAAUUUGGGCAAUAUGUUGACCGAUGCCAUGGUCUUUGCACGGGUUAUUGAAAACGCCGGAGGGGAAUACUGGACUGAUGCUUCUAUUGCUCUACUUCAAGGCGGCGGCAUACGAGCCAGCAUUGACAAAGAUGCGGAUGGCAAUAUUACUGGCAGCGAUGUACUAACAGUUCUUCCAUUCGAGAAUCCUCUCUAUGUCAUCCGGAUUACGGGUCUAACUUUGAGAAACGCCUUGGAGCAUUCCGCGACAGUGAGAACGUGGGAUUCCAAUGGAGGAUUUCUUCAAAUGUCUGGUCUUCGGGUCGAAUACAAUUACAACAAGCCCGCGGGAGAACGUGUGAUAUCAGCUCAGGUUCUAUGUGCAGCCUGUAGUGUUCCGUCCUACAGCAAUCUAAAUGACACAGCCCAAUAUGGUGUGGUGAUUUCUCAAUUCAUUUUGGAUGGAGGCGAUGGCUACAUCCUGACUGAAGACAACUUUGAGCUUGUGGAUAAGCUAGAGGUGGAUGACUUGGGUGCCACUACGGCAUAUCUUGAGCGGCGUCAUUAUGUAUAUCCCGAAAUGGAGGGACGAAUUGUCAUUAUAGAAAAGGAUGAUACCGGUUCGGGCUCACAUCUAUGGGCUUCCAUGACACUGAUUUUACUAUCAGGACUAGUCACAAAGCUGUUUUAAGUAAUAUAUUUUAAUCAGGGAAUUUAAAUUCAAUAUUUUUAUAUAUUUUGUUUCAAAUGACAAUAUACAAAACUUUAUUCAAAUCUA